AUGUUCAAUCUUCGCGAUGUAGAGAUACCUUGUUACGGUGAGAAGCAAGCCGCAAACCAGCACUGCCGGUCACGCGUGCGAAGGAGAGCGGCACAAAAGGCGUGGGCGACCCGGAUCGCAAGAUACGGACCUACUGGCCGACGAAGCGAGCCGGUGACGCGGACGACCGUCUCAACUCAAAAGAAGCCUCGAAACCGCAACGGACGUGCUCGUCGUAGCGAGUCGUCUCCAACUCCGCAAGCACGCGUCUCCGACACGUUUCAUGACAGCACCACUGGCCCGGAGGGCGAUUUGGACUCUCCUGUCAUAGAUCCGUCGUUCGCCACGGAGUCGACAGCUGAGAGCGACCCACCUCCUCGCAGAGGGCGUGAUGAAGUAGGCGCGAGAACGCGAGACGGAUCGGACGGGGCGGAAAUGCCAGAUCGAACUGAACGGGCCCCGUCUCCCCCUCCACGGCCCCUGCAGGUUGCAGAACAAUCGCAGCAUCACGACAUGAUCCGGCUUCUGGAUGAGCGGCGAGCUCGAGUUCUGGGCCCCCAGAACAUUUCGGCACCGUCGACGUCUUGGACUAGGCAUCUGGAGGAUCGCUUCUCUCCCGAGGAUGAAAUUGAGCCGACGCCGUUUGCGAUUUUUGUCGAUCCAAGAGUAGAGGACGAGAACGGCAAUGACGAGGAUAAGGAGAACGAAAGGCCAUCUGGGCGUAGUAGAGAUGCACUUCGCACACGUUAG